AUGGCUGGCGCUUUAGAUAAUGCCCGCAAAGAAAUCAAGCGUCUCUCCUUGGACGACAUCGAGGAGUCCAAUUACGGGCAGAUUUUCUCCGUCUCGGGCCCUGUGGUGGUCGCCGAGAACAUGAUUGGCUGUGCAAUGUACGAAUUGGUGAAAGUUGGCCAUGCCAACUUGGUCGGUGAGGUCAUUCGUAUCAACGGCGAUAAGGCCACGAUUCAAGUCUACGAAGAAACCGCUGGUGUCACCGUGGGUGAUCCGGUUUUGAGAACAGGCAAGCCCUUGUCUGUUGAGUUGGGUCCUGGCUUGAUGGAGAACAUCUACGACGGUAUCCAAAGACCUUUGAAGGCCAUCAGGGAGACGUCUGAAUCCAUCUAUAUCCCCAGAGGUAUUGAUGUGCCUUGCUUGAACAGAGAUAUCCUGUACGACUUCAACCCUGCUUCCUUGAGGGUGGGUGACCACAUCACUGGAGGCGAUAUCUUCGGCUCCAUCUACGAGAACUCCUUGUUGGACGACCACAAGAUUUUGUUGCCCCCACGUGCCAGAGGUACUAUUACGUCCAUUGCAGAGAAGGGCUCCUACCAGGUCGAAGACACUAUCUUGGAAGUAGAGUUUGACGGCAAGAAACACUCGUACUCAAUGAUGCACACGUGGCCCGUUAGAGUGCCUAGACCUGUCGCCGAGAGAUUGACGGCCGACUACCCCUUGUUGACUGGUCAGCGUGUUUUGGACUCUUUGUUCCCUUGUGUGCAGGGUGGUACCACCUGUAUCCCCGGUGCCUUUGGAUGCGGUAAGACUGUUAUUUCCCAAGCAUUGUCCAAGUUCUCCAACUCCGACAUCAUCACGUAUGUUGGCUGUUUUGCAAAGGGCACCGACGUGUUCAUGGCCGAUGGCGCUGAACAGCCAAUCGAGUCUAUCAAGGUUGGAGAUGAAGUUUUGGGCAAGGACGGCCAGCCAAGAUUGGUUGUUGGAUUGCCAAGAGGUAACGACCAAAUGUACGAGGUUGUCCAAACCAGCACUGAGUCUGCGCAUGGUAAAAUCAAGUACACCUGUAACUCGAACCACGAGCUUGUUGUUGUCACUUCCCAGAAGAUCCUGACCACUGAAGACGCCGACAAGAGUGUUUCCGUGUCUUACUUUGCGCUCGCUGCUACCAAGACCGACGAUGGACGUUCAAUUAAGAUGGCUCAACAAGCUACCCGGGUUUACCAAGACAACUCUGAUGCGCAAAGAUUUGUCCAAUCCUUGUCCAAGGAGGACUUGCACUGGACAAUUGAGGCUAGAGACGUGAGUUUGUUGACAGGAUCCGCCCGUGAGUCAACCUACCAGCUUAUCAACCCAGUUCUUGUCGAGAAGCCUACUCUCGCUCCACUUAUUGAAAAAUAUGGCGGUGAUGUCGAUGCAGUCAAUGAGAUGUCUUACUUGCUUGGUGUUUGGACAGGCAGUGGUCGUUCUGAUGCCUCGUGUAUCUCAGUUGAUUCAGCUGAUUCUGGUCUCAUUGACCGUUUGGAGGCAUUCAGCGAGAAGCUUGGAUUAUCCGUCGAAUGUUCUAAGAACCAUAAGAGGGCUCGUUUAGAUGCACCAUUGUCCCCAGCUGGGCGCGAGAAUAUCGUGGUUAAUGAAACUGACUCUGGGUACUUCUCUCUUCCAUUGUCGCCAGGUAGCCCAGCUGCUACUCCUCGCGCAAACGAUGAGAACGAGGCCAGCGAACUUCUGGUUGUUAUUUGCAAUGGGAAUAUGCGUGGCAAGGGUGUUCGUCAAACAUUGGAGGAUGAGAACAUUUUUUGGAAGAUGAUCGCAGCUUUCAAGGUCGCGGAUACCGUCAAGUCUGUCCCAAAUAGUUUGGCAAGCGAGUCGAUCUCAGUUCGUGAGUACUUUAUUGCCGGUCUUGUUGAUUCGGAAGGCCGCGUGGCUCAUAACAAGGAAACUGACGCUUUUACUGCAACUAUUAGGACAUCUAAUUUGAAGGUUCGUGAUGGUCUUGUUAAGGCUUCGCGCUCUCUUGGUAUUCGCGCAUCGGUCAAAGAAGACACUGCCAUGUCUUUCGCUGUAUCCUUGAGCGGUAAUGCUUUGACAGGUGUUCUCUCGAAAUGUGCAUCUUUCUCCAAAAAAGCACCAGUGUCUUCUAAAACGGAGCGUUUGCCUGAAGCUUUCUCAUUUGACAUCAAGAAGACUUCAGUCGAUGAUUACUACGGUAUCACUCUUGAGGAGGGAUCUGACCACCAAUUCUUGUUGGCAAAUUGUGCUCUUGUACACAACUGUGGUGAGCGUGGUAACGAAAUGUCUGAGGUUUUGAUGGAAUUCCCAGAACUUUACACCGAAAUUUCUGGUCGUAAAGAGCCUAUUAUGAAGCGUACCACUUUGGUUGCUAACACUUCUAAUAUGCCCGUCGCUGCUAGAGAGGCAUCUAUCUAUACAGGUAUCACCAUCGCCGAGUACUUCCGUGACCAGGGUAAACACGUCUCCAUGAUUGCUGAUUCUUCGUCCCAAAUUUCCGGUCGUUUGGGUGAGAUGCCGGCUGAUCAAGGUUUCCCCGCAUAUUUGGGUGCUAAAUUGGCUUCUUUCUACGAACGUGCUGGCAAAGCUGUCGCAUUGGGAUCUCCUGACAGAGUGGGUUCCGUUUCUAUCGUUGCCGCUGUGUCCCCAGCCGGUGGUGACUUUUCCGACCCUGUGACCACGUCUACUUUGGGUAUCACUCAGGUUUUCUGGGGGUUGGACAAGAAAUUGGCACAACGUAAGCAUUUCCCGUCCGUGAAUACGGCAAUUUCUUACUCCAAGUAUACCAACGUCUUGGCCAGUUAUUACGACAAGAACUACUCCAACUUUGCUUCUUUGAGAACAAAGAUCAAGGAGAUCUUGACUAAUGCUGAAGAAUUGGAGCAAGUCGUGCAAUUGGUGGGUAAGUCUGCUUUGUCUGACUCCGACAAGAUUGUGUUGGAUGUUGCCACCUUGAUCAAGGAGGACUUCUUGCAACAGAACGGUUACUCUACUUACGAUCAGUUCUGUCCAAUUUGGAAGACUUACGACAUGAUGCGCGCUUUCGUCGCAUACCAUGACGAGGCCCAAAAAGCUAUCUCCAAUGGUGCUAUCUGGUCCAAAUUGGCUGAGGCUACCAGCGAUGUCAAGCAUGCUGUUUCGAGUGCCAAGUUCGUCGAGCCACUGGAAGGUGAAGAUGCUGGCCGUAAGGGUUUCAAGGACUUGUUGAGCAAGAUUACCGAACGUUUUGCUGAGGCCACCGAGUAA